CCUCCGUGCAGACGGCCCAGCCACAGCUCCUCUUCUCCCGAGAGUUUAGCUUGCUGCUGUGUUACGCCGUCUGGUUGAGUACGAAGAAAACCUAUCAUAAAUAUCCAGUGCGGGACCGGAGAUUAGACAGGCACCAUGGCGGACACACAAGCCAAGAUCGCCGACAUCAUGGCGCGCAUCCAGACGGAGCGGCGCACCAUGGAGGGGUACCAGCAAUUUCGACGGGCCACUGCCAACGCUGAUGUCGUGCGCCGAGCCGAGUCGGGCAUCCGAGAGUCGCAGAAGCGCAUCGCUUACUACGAAGACUCGUUGAUGCAGCUACACAACAAGCAGCAGCAGGCACAGCGUGCCUCCGCCAACACCAGCUCCAGCCCCGGUGUGCACAGCUUCACCAUCACCAAUCAACCAGUGUACGAUGGCGCAAUGACGACGAGCGGAGGCAGCAGCUGCAGCGGCGGCGGUGCCGGCGGCAUGGCCGGAAGCUAUCCAGGUGAUUCGUCCGCCAGCUACACGUCGAACAGUUCCUCCGCCAGCUUCGACGGCCCCAGGCGCCAUCACACGGGCCUGGGCUGCGGUAGCGCAUCCGAUCUUGGCAGCAAGACGCUACCGCCUCCGCCACUGCCUUCCGGCAACCGCGAGACCUUCGGCUUGGGCGGCGCUCAAGGCACUCGUGCGCAAUCCCCUGAAGUGAUGGGUGGUGUCGGUGCGGGCGGGCACCAGCAGACGGGCUAUGGCGGGCAGCAGCCUCCGCCUGGUAUCUAUGGUGGCUACGCCAAUGCCAACCCUACGGGUAUGCGGCAGAUGGGUACCUAUGGGCAGCAGCCAGAUGGUCUGGGACAGCGCAACCAGGGCAUGCCUGUUGGUCGCGCGGGAACGACCUACGGAAAGAAAAACUACACUAACUUAGACCUUAUCAAAUAUGACACACCUUUGACCACCGCAAAAAUCAGCCGCAUGCUGCAAAUCCUCGAAUUCAAACUGCAGACUGAGAAGCAGUACGAGAAUGCAGUCGACAAAAUGGCCAAGUUGUACCAAGCCGAAGGCGAUCGCAAGUCCAAAGCGGAUGCGGAAAGUAAGCGCAUGGAAAGCAACAGCAAGAUUGGCCUGCUGCAAAAAUCUCUCAAGAAGUACAAGCAACUGCACAUCAUGGAUGACGAGGAUGACGACGAGAGCGCUCCCGGCGGCUCCGCCGCGAAUCGUAGAGAGAAUUUGCGCAAGCCUUUGACGGGCACACUGCAGAUCUCCCUGCGCGGUGCGCGCGAUAUUGAUCAUGCUCCCAUCCGCGGCUCGCGCGCAACGAGAGAAUCUACCGUCGUUGUCAAGGUGGAAGACACGCCGCGCGCCAAGACACACCCGAGCAGGACGGAUCGAUGGCAAGAGGAUUUCGAGAUUGCUGUCGACAAUGCCAAUGAGAUGGAAGUGACGAUUUACGAUCGCGUCAGUGGCAACCCAGCCGUGCCGGUCGGCAUGGUGUGGAUCCGUAUCAGCGACAUUGUCGACGAAUUGCGAAAGAAAAAGUUUGGCCAAGUCCCUGAUGCGACCGGCGCUCCGCAGCACGCUGCGAUGGGCGGCAUGCCUGGUGCGCCACCCGGCUGGGUGCCGGCUGAUCACACCGUCCCGGGAAGCACGCCUAUGCCGGCUCUGCAGGAUCCGGCUGGACAGCCAGUUCCCAAUGGGCCCAUCGGCGACGGCGUUGAGGCCUGGUUCGCCGUCGAGCCUGCGGGUGCAAUCCAGCUGCGCGUCAACUUCAUCAAGCAAAACGUGCGUAAAAUGCCGUACGACGCUCGACUCGGCCGCCAAGGUGCCGUCCGCAAGCGCAAGGAGGAUGUGACAGAGAUCAGUGGGCACAAAUUUGUCAACACGCAGUUCUAUUCGAUCAUCCGUUGCGCUCUUUGCGGAGAGUUCCUCCUCAACGCCCAGGGUAGUCAGUGCGAAGAUUGCCGAUAUGCGUGUCACAAAAAGUGCGCGAUCAAGGUCUUCACCAAGUGUAUCUCCAAGAGCAACGCGGAGUCGGAGCGCGAUGAAAAGAAGCUCAACCACCGCAUCCCGCACCGUUUCGAGCCGAUCACCAACAUCAGCGCCAACUGGUGUUGCCACUGUGGCUACAUUCUGCCGCUCGGUCGCAAGAACGCCAGAAAGUGUUCCGAGUGUGACGUCACGUGCCACACCGACUGCGCGCACUUGGUCCCUGAUCUGUGUCAGAUGUCGAUGGAGGUGGCAAACCAGUUGCUGCAGGACAUCGACUCGAUCAACCGCAUGAAAAAGACGGCACAGCAGCAGCGCGAACAGCGCGAGCAGCUGCAGGCGCAGGCGCCAACACACUCUCAUGGCCAGCAGCCUCCUGGUGCAUUUGGCGUACCACCGCCUGGCGCUCCAGGACAAGGGCAAUUUGGGCAACAUGAUUCUCAGAUGCAGGGCAUCGAGAACCAGGCAGCACAGAUGAGCCUGGGCAACCAGUAUGGUCAGCAGAUACCACCACAACAGCAGCAGAUGCCGCCGUCACAAGGCGGACGCAUGCCAGGAUCAUCUCAAUUCGAUCCCUAUGCCCGUCCGGAUGGCGUAGCUGGUCCGCCGAGACCUCUGCCAAGCCAGCCGCAAGUAUCUCUGCCGUCUAGCGUUCAGGAGACGCGUCGGCCAUCUCCUUCGCCUUCGCAGCACUCGUUCGCUUCGCAGCCUUCGAUGCACCAGCAGUACGCUAGUAGCUCCAGCAGUAGCAGCACUCGGAUCCAGCAGCAGCAGCCGCUACCUGGUCAGUAUGGAACACCUCAGUCUCAGGAGAUGCCACCGCAAAUGGGUGGCCCUGGUUAUGGCCACCCCAUUCUCCCGCAACCGAUGCAGCAGCAACAACAACCCAUGGCACCGCAACAGCAACAGCAGCAACCGUACCUGCCGCAAGGACAGAUGAUUCCGCCUCCACAGCAGCAGCAGCAAGCCCCUGUUAAGAUGGGCCAGGAUCUCUCACAAGGCAGUCAGAUGGUGCCUGCAGCCGGACGGCAGCAAGCGGCCAUGACUGCAGCACCAAAGCGGUCCAUUGGCCUCAACGACUUCAACUUCCUUGCUGUGCUCGGAAAGGGUAAUUUCGGAAAGGUCAUGCUUGCGGAGGAAAUCCGCACAGGCAGCUUGUAUGCCAUCAAGGUGUUGAAGAAAGAGUUCAUUAUCGAGAAUGAUGAGGUCGAGAGCACCAAAUCCGAAAAGCGCGUGUUCCUCGCGGCUGCCCGUGAAAGACAUCCUUUCCUCAUUGGCUUGCAUUCGUGCUUCCAGACAGAGACGCGCAUCUACUUUGUCAUGGAAUACGUUAGCGGUGGUGACCUGAUGCUGCACAUCCAGCGCGAGCAGUUCUCACGCGGCCGUGCGAAGUUUUAUGCGGCAGAGGUCCUGCUUGCGCUAGAGUACUUCCACAAACAGGGCAUCAUCUACAGAGAUCUCAAACUCGACAACAUUCUCUUGACACUUGACGGACAUAUCAAGAUUGCUGACUAUGGUCUUUGCAAGGAAGAGAUGUGGUACGGAUGCACAACAGGUACCUUCUGCGGCACACCCGAGUUCAUGGCGCCAGAAAUUCUGCUUGAGCAACGUUACGGCCGCGCUGUUGACUGGUGGGCAUUUGGUAUCCUGAUUUAUGAGAUGCUUCUGGGUCAAGCACCUUUCCGAGGCGAUGAUGAGGACGAGAUUUUCGACGCUAUCCUCGAAGACGAGCCUCUGUUCCCUCUUCAGAUGCCGCAGUACUCGGUUCCUCUUCUGACACAGCUGCUGCAACGCGAUCCGAACAAGCGUCUGGGCUCUGGGCCAAAUGACGCAGAGGAGAUCAAAGCGCAUCCAUACUUCCGUGACGUCAACUGGGACGACAUCUUCCAUAAGCGCAAUCAGCCGCCUUUCCUACCGACAAUUAAGAACGCUGCAGACACGAGCUGGUUCGACACGGAGUUCACAUCGGAGAAGCCUACGUUGACGCCCGUGCACAGUGUGCUGUCACCACAAGACCAGGCAGAGUUCAAAGACUUCUCUUGGACUGCGCCGCACAUCCAAUAGAGCAAGCGUUGACAGUUCGCCACAGCCAAUCGGCGGUGCCAAGGCGGUCUGUGUGUGAUCGCUGUUGCAACUCGCGUUUGCACGAUGACGAAAACGAGGACAUUG